AUGAGCAUCAUCCCAAAUCCUCCGCGCUGGCAAGCUAGCGCUGAUCCUGCAUCCAUAGAUGUUCCAGGUCUCGACACUAAUGCAUCUAUUAAUGACCAGAUAGACCAGAUCGAACAACUCAUAACCAUCAAACUUCAGAAUAUCGACACGAAUUUCUCAAAGAUUCAGAAUAUAAUGGCGACAAAGUUGCUACCAGCCGUGAAGCGAUACGCCGUGAGCACUGAACCCGUUCGUGAAGCUGCAAAGUUCUGGACAUCGUUUUACGAGAAAGCUGCACAAGUACAUAUUCCUACGUAUGAAGAUUACUCCUCUUUGCAUGAGCAGCAGUCAGAAGCAACAUCCCAGGCCGAAAGUUCCCCCGCCCCACCCGCCGCAGAGGAGUCUUCUUUGUUUAGUACCGACGAUGAUACAACGCCUUCUCAUCAACGCAAUCGCACUUAUGGUCCAAAUUCUACUGCAUCUGAAUCUUCUUUCAUGCCAUCGAAUGCAGUAUCAUCUACCCCGGCUCGUACUGGGUUGCCUGGCCAUGAUAUCGUGGAUGAUCAACCUUCUUGGAGUGCAUCACUAGAAUCUCCACUCGUUCGGCUUGAUCGCGAGCUCCAGAAUUUUACCAUUGGGGAGGAUACUAAGGCCUCAGCGGGUCAGGAUCUUACCUACAACAGCUUUACGUAUGAAGAAGAAAACACUGUCCAGCAAUUUCUGGACAAGGGAAAAUCAAGGGAUUAUUCGCAUGAGCACUCUGCCUCGCAGAAUGCAGCACGCUCCAAUCUUCCAUCCUUACGGGUUCCGCCCAGUGCGAUCCCCACCCCUCGUGGCCUCCCAGCUAGCGCAAGGAUAUCUCCAUUAAAAGUCAAGCCCAAGACACCCGUGGCAAUCCCACAACAUCUACAGGCAUAUCUUCCUCCGCGCAAUCAUCCAGAUCCCCCGUUGCCAUCGCCUAGGAGGCAACGAUAUGAGCGAUCUCCACAAAAGCCAUACCCUCUGUUAUCAUCGACCUCUAAUUCGUCAUCCAUGCUGGAUAUACCAUCUUUAACGAGACCAUCUGAUGAAUCACAUAGAUCAUUCGAUCAAUUUAACGACUCUUUCGACGACUCAGCAGAACUCAUGCGUGGUCUUUCGCCACCGCGAAUGGUUGCAUUUCCGCGCGGACCAAGGUCUAGCGUGGGACUAGGCUUGCUACCUCCACUUGGUCGGACACCAGGCAAGGACUUACACCAUGCAUUGGGAAGGACACCCAGGAAGGAAGCCGCAGAGCGUAUACGUCGUGACCUUCUUGGAGAUGUUCAAUCUGAUCACAGUUCCAUCCGAAGUAGUGCUACCGUAGACCGAUUUGGUGGCUUCAAGAAAUUUAGCUACUCCAUUCCAGAAGGCACAGAAGAUACCAUGUCUACGAUCCCCACCCCACCAUCCAUAACACGAUAUACCCGUCAUGCUUAUCUCUCUGAGCACGACAGCGACGAUGCGAGCUCAAGUUAUGCAAGUAUGAUGCGCAGGACAGGACUCAGCGUACCCGAAUCCGCCUCUACAUCAAACUCCCAUUCUGCCAUAUCUCACCAAAGUCUCGAAACAGCAUGGCUUGCCCAUACCUCUCAAUCACAGGCCCUUCACACCCCAGAUCCAUACCCUGACCUUUUACAUUUUCAACAAGAGGAGCCCAGUACACUGCAACCAGACUCAGACUCAGAUUCAGACUCUCUUGGCGAGACUGCACACCCAGGACAGCCGUCAACUGCGUUCCUAAUGGCUUCCGCGCGCAAUCAAGAUGCGGACGAUUCGUUCGGCUCGUCGAAUUCAAACCACUCCAACGACUCGCUCGGAGAGGGUUUUGGCGACGAAGGUGGUGCGGUGCAUCCAUUUGCACGCGCUGUAGAGGACGAUGGGGAUGGAUUUGAAGAUAGUUUUGAUUCUGUUGAUGGUGAUGGUGACGAGUCGGGAGUGCAGGAAGAGACUGUAUUUGGUAUCCCCCCUGCACAGCGCAAACAUGGAAGAGGUCUUGGUGAGCUCAGGCUUCUAGGGGAAGAUCUUUUGCAAGAUACGAUUGGUAUCGGAAGUCAGCUGGCGAAAGUAGGGAGGAUUGAAGAGAGUCCGACUCCUUAUGGGAGGGUUUAA